GAGAAACCGGUAAGACUAAACACGCCACCUCGUCUUCAUUCUUCAGGAAGAACAUCACCAAGAUGUCUGUGUCUGAUCCCCCUGAUAUCAUACCUGUGCCGAAGCCUCGCUCGAGAUAUUUACGUGGAGUAGGUGUAGGUGAAAGAAAUGGUCUGUUGCCUUGUCCAGAUGUUAAGGCUGAUACACAGACGAAAUCUGAAGAAACUGACAUCAAGCAUGAAGUUAGUGUGGACGGUUCAUCUAGACAGCUGCGUUCCACCUCUGAACUCCCUGAUCCUCAAGAUGUUAAAACCAGCUGCAGUGAAACGCUUCCAUGGCCAGAAUCUCUCUGCAUUAGUACCAGUUCAUCUCCGGAUGCAGCAAGAGCUGCUGAUGUAGUGUCUUCUGAUGAUUGCCCUGCGACUCCAGACUCGCUCAGUAAUGACCAGCACGAUUCAGACAAAGCAAGUUUCACAGAUCAGGUGAUGGAUGUUCGGACAGAAAUUUGCACCAAUGGAGAGAUCCAGCAAGUUCCUAAAUCACAGGAUCUUCAGAACAAAGCUGACAGACCCAAUAAACCACGGGCUGCAACCAUUCGUGUGAGCAGGAAGAAGCAGACGUUAUCAGGGCAGCGCCAGAGAGCCGACGUGUCUCACAGUGAGUGUGCGGUGGCACAAUCCAGCUGGCUCGACGUAUGGAAGGGACGCAAGCACAAUGUUCUGUGGGCCACUCUAGAUGGACAUGCCAUGUCACUAUGGAAAAAGCGCACAGACAAAUUCACAGAAUAUAUUUUUCACGUAACAAGCAUCACCAACAUACGUGAGCAGGAUCAAGGACGCUUCUCCAUCCAUUUUCAGAAGAAGCACUUUGAAUUUAUGGCUCACAAUGAGGCUGUGCGGCAGAGCUGGUUGAUGUCUCUCUACGCCAUGCGUGGAAGGGAACCGAUCACUGCACCCAAACAACACGGACCGCUGAUCAUGAAAGACCCACGGAAAAAGGUGUACACUGCUAUACGUGGAUACUCCCUUUGGAUUUACAGCAGCAAAGAGGACUUCAGCGUAGGUCUUGGCAUGAUGUGUGUGUCUAUGAACAUAGCAUCUGUGAAGACGACGGGGCGUCACAGCUUCAGUCUCAUUACUCCAUACAGGACCUUCAAUUUCUCUGCAGACUCUGCUAAGGAGACGGCUGUGUGGCUGGAGCGUCUGAAUGAAGUGAUCCGCAGCGCUCUGUCCUACAGCGAGGUGGCUCAUCGACUCUGGUCGAGUCCCUGUAAUAAAGUUUGCGCCGACUGUGGCGCUGCCAACCCGGAGUGGGCGUCAGUGAACCUGCUGGUGGUCAUCUGUGAGGCCUGCGCAGGCGCACAUCGAUCCAUGAGCAGUAACAGGUCCAAAGUGCGAGGUCUCAAACUGGACAAUAAGGUUUGGACAGAGCCUUUAAUUCAGUUGUUUGUGCUGUAUGGCAAUAAAGCUGCCAGCAGGGUUUGGGGUCACAGCAUCCCUCCGACGGAGCAGAUCGUCCCAGACGUCUCUCCAGAUCAGAGGCUGGAGUUUAUCCUCGCCAAAUACCACAAAGGACUGUACCGGAAAGCUCACCCGCUCGCCACAAGCCAGAAACUGCUUGACCAGAGGCUGCGGGAGGUGGUUUGUGGUCCUAAUGUGGAGGAGACGCUGUCUCUGCUGUGCUCUGGAGCCAGAGUUUCAUGCAGCACCACAAAUCCCGAGCUUCAGUCUGCCAUCAGCGAGGCCGAGAGCGCUGGACAAGCCCUGCAGACUGAGCUACUCCGACAUAAUGAGUUUGUGGAGGCACCUGACUUUGAGCAAACAAGACAUUCAGAGGAGCAGAUAGAAGAGCUCCAUGGAAAGCUGGAUGAGGAGCGUUUCUUGUUCUCGCAGGAGAACGAGUCUGCAGCCUGUGAUGUGCUGGAUCUGACAGAGGUCAUCUCAGUGUUUGACUGCUCUGCGGGGCAAACCCAUGAGUUUGAGGUGCUAUCGCUGACAGACAGACUGAUCUGCUGGGCAGACGGACGAGACGCUCUCCUCAGUCACAUGCUGCAUAUCAUGAAGAUUGUGCUGGUGGGUGCCGUCGCGGAUGAGGAUCUGCUGGGGGUCUGUGCCGUGUCCAGAGCGUUCAUACGGGAGGGUGCAGCGCUGCAGUGUGCAGAAGUGUGGUGCACCCUUCAGGACGGAGAGAUGAGCAUUCACACAAAGCACGGAUGUGCAGACACAGUGACUCUGGACAGUCAGACACGCUGCCAUCUGCAGCGCUCAGAGAACUGCAUCCUGCUGGAGUUUCCUGGAAGGACGUUGCAAAUGCAGUUUGAGCUGGAGCACAGCUGUCUGCAGUGGCAUGAGCUCGUGCAGAAGGCCAUGUGCUCGAGCACAGAUGCACAACAGCGCUCAGGAUCUGUGCCCUGCUCUGUAGACAGGUGUAUCUCUCACAUCACACAGUACGGGUUGAAGGUGGAAGGUUUGUAUCGGCGCUGUGGAGUCGCUCCUCAGAUCAGUAAGCUGGUCGAUGCUCUGAGCGUUUCUCCCAGAGGAACGCGUCUGGAAACAGACGAGCUCUCCAUCCUGGACAUUUCAGGAGCUCUGAAACAGAUCCUGCGGCAGAGCUUUGAGAUCAUACCGAACGCACACAGACCGCACUGGCUGAAAGCUGCAGCUCUGUCAAAUGAAGAACAGAGACUGCAGAUGUACCGCAAACUGCUUAAACAGCUUCCUCCAGACAACCACGCUACACUGGCCGCUCUGUGUGGACACCUGCACACUGUUCAGAUGCACAGUCAGGAGAACCGCAUGACGGCUCAUAAUCUGGCCGUGAUAUUUGUGGUCACGCUGUUCCAGGAGCUCGCCAUGAACGCAGCCUUGAUGCAGCUAACCAAAGAGCUGAUCGUACGUCACACGGAGAUCUUCAUGAAUCACGUGGAGACAGAUGGAGAAAUCAUCACUGUAUUGUGAAGAGCUCAUCAGCGUCUCUAUUUACUGACGCAAUAC